UCACUUCGGGCCUCUUCAGUGUCUUCAUUCAAUCCGAUACCAGCUGUUAAAACGCUUUUAACAAUUUCGCUUGACAAUUAAAUGCAGUUUCUUUACGUGUCUACGCGACUUUAGAUCGAAUUUGGUGUAUUAAACUGGUGAUAAUUUUCGUUAAAUAAUGAUAAAUCUCGAAGGCGGAUAAGCGGUGCGACCACCCGGAUGUGGAAGACUUGUUUGCCUUUUUUGUUAUUAACUGCAUGUUAAGAAAUGUGCUGUGAAAUUUUACUGGAAUGAUGGAGUUGCGGAAAUAUUUUGGACUUUUUUGGGCUAUUUGUGUGUUUUUUGGAGUUCGAGCAGAAACUAAAUAUAGUAAAGUAGAAAAACAAAGAUACGACGGCUGGUUCAAUAACCUUGCGCAUCCAGAAUGGGGAUCUGUAGACAGUCACUUGAUAAGACAUGCCUCACCGGCUUACGCUGAUGGAGUUUACAUGCUCUCAGGGCAAAACAGGCCCAGCCCCCGAAAGCUCAGCAGACUGUUCAUGAAAGGAAUCGAUGGCUUAGGCUCGGUGACUAAUAGAACAGCUUUGUUGGCCUUUUUUGGCCAAUUGGUCACAUCUGAGGUGGUGAUGGCCAGUGAAAGUGGUUGCCCCAUAGAAAUGCACCACAUAGAAAUUGAGAAAUGCGACGAAAUGUACGAUAAAGAGUGCAAGGGUGGGAAAUACAUACCGUUUCAUCGGGCUAGUUAUGAUAGGGAGACGGGGCAGAGUCCUAAUAGCCCCAGGGAACAACUGAAUAGGGUUACCAGCUGGAUUGAUGGAAGUUUUAUCUACAGCACUAGUGAACCCUGGAUGAGUGCCAUGAGAUCUUUUAAAAAUGGCACACUGCUCACUGAUAGCACUGGGAAAAUGCCCAUAAGGAACUAUAAAAAGGUCCCAUUAUUUAAUAACCCUGUGCCCCAUAUGAUGAAGAUGCUUAGUACUGAAAGGCUUUUUUUGCUGGGGGACCCUCGUACCAACCAAAAUCCGGCCCUACUGACCCUCGGAAUUUUAUUUUUCCGUUGGCACAACGUCGUCGCCGCCCGUAUCCAGACUUCUAACCCCACAUGGGAGGACGAAGAUGUGUUCCAGAAGGCGCGACGCAUUGUCGUGGCAACGCUGCAAAACGUAAUAGUCUACGAGUACUUACCAGCGUUCCUGGGCGAAUCUUUACCCGAUUAUUCUGGUUAUCAACAAAACGUUCAUCCGGGAAUUACCCACGUGUUUCAGAGCGCCGCCUUUCGCUUCGGACAUUCGUUAAUACCCCCCGGAUUGUAUCGGAGGGAUGCGAAUUGUAACUUUAAACGCACCGAAAUGGGACAUUUGGCUUUGCGGUUAUGCUCUACUUGGUGGGACUCUAAUGAGGUUUUGACAAGCAAUUCCCUGGAGGAGCUCCUGAUGGGAAUGACGUCCCAGUUGGGAGAAAAAGAGGACGCGGUCCUCUGCUCUGACGUCAGAGAUAAACUGUUCGGUCCCAUGGAGUUUUCCAGAAGGGAUUUGGGGGCCCUGAAUAUCAUGCGGGGCAGGGACAACGGACUACCAGACUAUAACACUGUUCGUAAGGCAUAUGGUCUCAAAAAGAUCCGCAAUUGGACCGAAAUCAAUCCGAAAUUGUUUGAAGACAAACCGGAUUUAUUGCGAACCCUUAUUGCCGCUUAUUCGAACGAUAUCGAUAACGUGGACGUUUAUGUGGGAGGAAUGCUGGAAAGUUACGGUCAACCAGGGGAGCUUUUUAGGACCGUUAUAAAAGAGCAGUUUAUACGGUUAAGGGGUUCGGAUCGUUUCUGGUUCGAGAAUGAGGCCAGCGGGAUUUUUAGUCAAAAAGAGAUUGAGGAGCUUCGUAAAAUCACCCUGUGGGAUAUAAUAGUAAACAGUACUAAUAUCGAGCCGAGUGCGGUCCAGAAAAACGUGUUUUUUUGGACCGAAGGCGAUCCUUGCCCGCAACCGAUGCAACUGAACGUAUCCCAAAUGGAACCGUGUAAAAUGAUCACCGGAUAUGACUAUUUUGAGGGUAACGAGUUGGUGUACAUUUACGCCUGCGUUUUCCUCGGUUUCGUGCCGAUAUUGUGCGCGGGCGCGGGCUACGGCGUGGUCAAACUACAAAACAGGCGUAGACGACGUUUGAAGAUGAAACAGGAGGAAUUGAAGUCGAAAACCGGAAAAGUUCCCAUCGAUGCCAUGAUGGUGCACGAGUGGUUACACGCGAACUAUAAAAGGCUCGUCAAGGUUAAAUUUGGUCCCGAGGCAGCCAUUAAUAUUAUCGGACGGAAGGGCGAGAAUCUACGUAGCGUAAACUUCAAAAACGCCGACUCGGUUAUGGUGGACGAGUCCCUGGACGUUACCGAGGUAAAGAAACCCAUGGUCCUGGUGCACGUCCAAAGGGACCACGACCUCGUCCUGGAAUUCGACACGGUCGGCAGCAAGAAGAAAUUCCUCAAUAAGCUCGAACAGUUUUUGAACUCCAAUAAGAAGAACUUGAGGCUAACCCAGGUGGUAAGGGAGAUAAUGUUGGCCAAGGCGGAAACUAAGGAAAGAAGAGAAAAGAAACUGGAACACUUCUUCCGGGAGGCGUACGCUUUAACCUUCGGCCUUAGACCGGGAGAGAGAAGACGAGCCAGCGAUGACACCACCGAUGGAGAAGUGGUGACGGUGAUGCGUACCUCCUUAACAAAAUCGGAAUUCGCCAGCGCCCUAGGGAUGAAAACGGACGCGGUGUUCGUCACCAAGAUGUUUAAUAUCGUCGACAAGGACGGGGACGGUCGCAUCUCUUUUCAGGAAUUCUUGGACACCGUGGUGUUGUUUUCGCGCGGGAAAACCGACGAGAAAUUGCGGAUCAUUUUCGAUAUGUGCGAUAACGACCGGAACGGGGUGAUCGAUAAGGAAGAGUUCUCGGAAAUGCUUAGGAGUCUCGUGGAAAUUGCCAGGACCACCAGCUUGUCCGAUGACCAUGUGACCGAGUUGAUCGACGGAAUGUUUCAGGACGCCGGCCUAAAACACAAAAACUUCCUAACCUAUCAGGACUUCAAGGAGAUGAUGCGCGAGUACAAAGGUGAUUUCGUGGCCAUAGGUCUGGACUGUAAGGGGGCCAAACAGAAUUUCCUGGAUACGUCCACGAACGUGGCCAGAAUGACCAGUUUUAACAUCGAACCGACCUCGAUGGACGCGGAAAAGUCUUGGGUGAGACUCAAGUGGGACAGUUUGACCACUUUCCUGGAGGAAAACCGGCAGAAUAUCUUUUACUUGUUUAUAUUUUACGUUGUGACCAUCGCGCUCUUUGUGGAGAGGUUUAUACAUUACUCCUUUAUGGCCGAACACACCGACUUACGUCACAUAAUGGGCGUUGGGAUAGCGAUAACCAGAGGGUCUGCUGCCUCACUCUCAUUUUGCUACUCGAUCCUCCUCCUCACCAUGAGCAGAAACCUCAUCACUAAACUGAAAGAGUUUUCCGUACAGCAGUACAUUCCUUUGGACGCCAACAUACAGUUUCAUAAAAUUGCCGCGUGUACAGCCAUGUUUUUUUCGCUGUUGCAUACUGUAGGCCAUAUAGUGAAUUUUUACCAUGUGUCCACUCAGCCCGUGGAGAAUCUGAAGUGUCUUACCAAUGAGGUGCGAUUUCCGUCAGAUUAUAAGCCUGGGAUAAGUUUUUGGUUAUUUCAAACUAUCACGGGGGUGACCGGAGUGCUACUGUUCAUAAUAAUGUGCAUCAUAAUCGUAUUUGCUCAUCCGACGAUACGCAAAAAGGCUUAUAAGUUCUUUUGGUUUACGCACAGUCUUUACGUGCUUUUGUAUGCGUUAUGUUUGAUUCAUGGACUGGCCAGAUUAACCGGAGCGCCCAGGUUUUGGUUGUUUUUUAUUGGUCCAGGAAUUAUUUUUACAUUAGAUAAGGUAGUAAGCAUGCGCACCCGUUACAUCCCCUUAGACGUACUGGAAACCGAACUGCUCCCCUCUGACGUCAUCAAAAUAAAAUUCUACCGGCCACCGAACCUUAAAUACUUAUCCGGUCAGUGGGUCAGAUUGGCCUGUACCGGAUUCCGAGAUCGCGAAUUCCAUUCGUUUACGUUAACCUCUGCACCGCACGAAAACUUUUUGUCUUGUCACAUUAAGGCACAAGGCCCGUGGACCUGGAAGUUGCGCAAUUACUUCGACCCGAGCAACUAUAAUCCGGACGAUCAGCCGAAGAUUUUGUUGGAGGGACCGUUCGGGGGCGGCAAUCAGGAUUGGUACAAGUUCGAGGUGGCGGUUAUGGUUGGGGGUGGCAUCGGGGUCACUCCCUACGCCUCCAUUUUGAACGAUCUCGUAUUUGGAACUUCUACCCAUAGGUAUUCGGGUGUGGCAUGUAAAAAGGUAUACUUUCUUUGGAUCUGUCCCUCGCACAAACAUUUCGAAUGGUUCAUAGACGUCUUAAGGGACGUGGAACGCAAAGACAUCACCAACGUCUUAGAAAUUCACAUUUUCAUCACCCAAUUUUUCCAUAAGUUUGACCUAAGAACCACCAUGCUGUACAUAUGCGAGAAUCACUUUCAAAGACUGUCGAAAACGUCGAUAUUCACCGGCCUGAAGGCGGUCAAUCAUUUCGGGCGACCCGAUAUGACGUCGUUUUUAAAGUUCGUCCAAAAAAGGCACAGUUAUGUGAGCAAAAUCGGUGUAUUCAGUUGCGGCCCGAGACCCCUAACCAAAAGUGUGAUGUCUGCUUGUGAUGAGGUCAACAUGGGCCGAAAACUUCCCUAUUUUAUUCAUCAUUUCGAGAAUUUUGGAUAGCAGUAUUAAAGAGAACACAUUGAAUGAAUGUUAUUUAUUAAUAUUGUAUAUUUUUUUAAUCCCUUGCUUAUAAUUAUUGUGAUUUUGUACUUAAGUUUUAAUAAAUUACAUAAUAUUUUUUAAAUAACAA